ACAGCGGCGCAGAAGGCAGUGGGAAGCGACGGGCGGCGGGCACGGGACUGAGCACUGCUGGUGACACAUCGACCGACACGCGCCGCAGCCAUGAGUGCGUGGAGUCAGACUGUGCUGCUGGUCAUUCUGGCGGUGCUGGUGCUGGGUGCUGUCGGAAGGCCCCAGUACCAGAGCGGGUACGGCACCGGGCCCCUCUCCGAGGCCAAACUGUGGCGUCGCGUGGUCGACACGGACAAGGAAGAUUACCGGGCCGCGCGCGCCGCCGCCGCCAUCGCGCUGCGCCUCUUCAGGAACGCCGGAACGCAGACCAACACCAUCAAGGACGUUGAGCCGGUCUACAAGUACAAGAGGCCCAAGUUUGCCACCAGCUACAGGCCGCCGGCCGAACACUGAUGAUUGAGAAGCGCGAAUUUUCUAUGAACGAAAGCGGAGGGAGGGGCAGCUGACAAGACACCACUACACACCACAACGCAAUCAUGGAGGGAGCAUCAAUGAGUUCCACUGGACAGUGGACAGACCAGACCAGGAGCUCUACUGGACCGCGGAGGCAGCUGCCGUGACCUGUCAGCCCCGGCCGAGGGGGCGUCACGGCGCAUCAUGUUUCAUGGUCACCUUUGUGUCACAUGGGAGUCGACCUUGGGAGUUAUACCCUUCCCAUUGAUACGGUUGUGUAUCAACUAUCGAGUGUGUGUGCAUGAAACGAUUCCAAAAACUAGCUGUGCCAAGAGGUGAUGGACUUAAAAUUAGUCCGAAGUGUUAAGCAUACCUUUAUGUUGUUUCAACUGGAGAUGUGAAAGCACCAAAGAAAGCAAAAUGAAAAGGAAGCAAAGCUGUACAGAAACAAGUUGAUACCUACUCAUUAUUGAAGUGAGUAGAUAGGUAUGUCUUUUAAACACUGCGAUACUGGUUUGCGUUUGUUUCUUUCUUUUGCCUGUGUUUAAGACUAAAGCUCUUUGAUAGUCAUUUCUUCCUCUUUUUGUUAAGGACUUAUUCUAGAAACUGACGCGAGUAAAAAUGAUUGAAAAUGAAAUUGAUGGAAGGCAGCAAAAGCUAUGUCUACCUAUUCAUAUAACGGCCACGCCCACAUUUAAAUGUCAGUCUCCGAAUCAUAUGAAUUGUAAAUAAAUGAGGGUGAAAUUGA